AUGGCUCCAAGCCAAACGCCCCCUGAUUCUCGCUCGCUCUCACACACCCCGGCUGCGCUCGCCCCAUUUUCCCCGACGCUGAGACAAAAGGCGAGCAGAGCGCAGCAGCAGCGGCCGCCCGGGCUCGGGGCCGGACACCCGCGCGUCCUGCUGCCGGGGGCCCCGAGCCGAGGCUACCCCGGGAGGAAGGCGCCCGGGCACUUCGCCGCCGAGAGACGCCGGCUGGGCCCCCACGUCUGCCUCUCAGGGUUCGGGAGUGGCUGCUGUCCGGGCUGGGCGCCCUCCAUGGGCAGUGGGCAUUGCACCUUGCCCCUCUGCUCCUUUGGCUGCGGGAGUGGCAUCUGCAUUGCUCCCAACGUGUGCUCCUGCCAGGACGGAGAGCAAGGGGCCACCUGCCCAGAAGCCCACGGACCCUGCGGCGAGUAUGGCUGUGACCUUACCUGUAACCAUGGCGGCUGUCAGGAGGUGGCCCGAGUGUGCCCCGUGGGCUUCUCGAUGACAGAAACAGCCGUUGGCAUCAGGUGUACAGACACUGACGAAUGCCUGGGGACCCCUUGUCAGCAGAGGUGUAAAAACAGCAUUGGCAGCUACAGGUGUUCCUGUCGAACCGGCUUCCAUCUCCAUGGCAACCGGCACUCCUGUGUAGAUGUAAAUGAGUGUCGGCGGCCACUGGAGCGGCGAGUCUGUCACCAUUCCUGCCACAACACCGUGGGCAGCUUCCUGUGCACCUGCAGACCUGGCUUCAGGCUCCGAGCUGAUCGCGUGUCCUGCGAAGCUUUUCCGAAAGCCGUGCUGGCUCCGUCUGCCAUCCUGCAGCCCCUACAGCACCCCCCCAAGAUGCUACUGCUGCUGCCAGAGGCUGGCCAGCCGGCCCUCUCCCCAGGACACAGCCCUCCUCCCGGGGCGCCAGGGCCCCCAACCGGAGUCAGGACCACCUGCCUGCCACCUCCCACCCCGGCACUACCCACGUCCUCCUCUCCUGCUCCAACCCCACUACUCUCUACCACAAUGGCCACCCUGGUGCCCAGUGCCUCCCUGCUGGGGAGCCCCAGGUCUCCUUCCCUCCAAAGGGAAGCAGUAGUGACCCCUUCCCUGCCCCAGGGCCCAGAGGCAGGCAUGAGGCUGCUUCCAGGACCCUCUCCCUGCUGGUACCAGGGAGCCAUGCAUGAGUCAGCGAGCCGCUGGAUAGAGCCUGGGUGUACCCAGUGCUGGUGUGAGGAUGGGGAGGUGACCUGUGGAAAGGUGACGUGUGAUGCUAUCUGUUCCCACCCAAUUCCCACCAGAGAUGGAAGCUGCUGCCCCACAUGUACAGGCUGUUUUCACAGUGGCGUCAUCCGAGCAGAAGGCGAGGUGUUUUCCCCUCCCAGUGAGAACUGCACUGUCUGUGUCUGUCUGGCUGGAAACGUGUCCUGCAUCGCCCCCAAGUGUCCUCCUGGCCCCUGCCACGGCUCCCCGCAGUCUGACUGCUGUACCUGUGUUCCAGUGAGGUGCUACUUCCACGGCCAGUGGUAUGCGGACGGCGCUGUGUUCAGUGGGGGUGGCGACGACUGCACCAGCUGUGUCUGCCAGAAUGGGGAGGUAGAAUGUUCCUUCACGCCAUGUCCAGAGCUGGAUUGCCCCCGAGAGGAGUGGUGGUUGGGCCCUGGACAGUGCUGCUUCACCUGCCGGGAGCCCACGCCCAUGACAGGCUGCUCUCUCGACGACAACGGGGUUGAAUUUCCGAUUGGACAGAUCUGGUCGCCUGGUGAUCCCUGUGAGUUGUGCAUCUGCCAGGCAGACGGCUCAGUGAGCUGCAAGAGGACAGACUGCGUGGACUCCUGCCCUAACCCGAUUCGGAUCCCCGGACAGUGCUGCCCAGACUGUUCAGCAGGCUGCACCUACACAGGCAGAAUCUUCUACAACAAUGAGACCUUCCCGUCUGUGCUGGACCCCUGUCUGAGCUGCAUCUGCCUGUUGGGCUCAGUGGCCUGCUCGCCCGUGGACUGCCCCAUCACCUGCACCUAUCCUUUCCACCCUGAUGGGGAGUGUUGCCCGGUGUGCCAAGACUGCAACUACGAGGGAAGAAAGGUGGCGAAUGGCCAGGUGUUCACCUUGGAUGAUGAGCCCUGCACCCGGUGCACCUGCCAGCUGGGAGAGGUGAGCUGUGAGAAGGUCCCCUGCCAUCGGGACUGUGCAGAUCCCCCGGUGCCCCCUGGGGACUGCUGUUCCUCCUGCCCAGAGUUCCCGUUGCCUCUGAAGGAAAGACGGAGGAUCCUCCCUCACGGACACGUGGAGUUUAGCAAAGCUGCCCGGAGCCCCGAAGAGAACGUGAAGGCCCCUCUGGGUGCUGGCAACUGCAGCGCGUGCCCGGGGCCCCCAACAGAAUCAUCUCAGAGGCCAGUGCUCCCGCUCUUCCAGCUCCUCUCAAGGACGAACUUGUCGAACACACGGACUUUACCCUCCAGCCACUCAGGAGCCCAGGCCUUGCUCUCACCCCCUUCAGGGCCAGGGGACACAUCCGGGGGAGCCUGGGGCUUUGCAGUCCCCUCGGCCCUCCUUGAGGCCCUCCAUCCCUCUGGGAGCCUCCACUCUACCUCCUGCCUCCCCGGGGGUUCCUUGGCCACCUCCAGUUCCUGCUGAGCCUGCCUUCCCAGCCUCCGAGGCCUGGGGGACAUCCCGGUGGCCUUCCCUGCCUGCCAGCACCCUGGCUGAAGCAUCAGCACUUUCCACGAGCGCCCCCAGCCCCUCAGAGACCCCAUGACGUUCGUCAGGCCUCGCAGACUCUCGCCCACCACCUCCAGACUCUCUGCGGCCCUUGCAGCCACUGCUGGCCGCACGCCCCAGAAGCCCACAACCUCAAGGAAGGAGGAGUCCACUGUGUAA